AUGAUGAUGGCUGAGGCAGGGGCGACCAUUGACCUGGCACUCAAGGUCCUGGAACCCACCCCGUCCUGCCCCGCCUCUUCCGUGGCAGAGCAGGUCCUCGGCAGCUUCACCGACCCCGCCGCCAUCCGGGAGUUUGCCAAGUCGGUCGACCUGCUGACCGUGGAGAUCGAGCACGUGGAUGCCAACGCGCUGGAGGAGGCCGCGCGCGAGGCGGGCAUAGAGGUGCACCCCUCCCCCUCCGUCCUGCGCGUCAUCCAGGACAAGUGGGCGCAGAAGGAGCACUUUGCGGCGGCAGGCGUGCCCUGCGCCCCCGCCGCCGCCAUCGCCAGCGAGGCCGACCUGGCCCGCUUCGGCGCGGCCCACGGCUACCCCUUCAUGCUCAAGGCGCGGCGCCUGGCCUACGACGGGCGCGGCAACGCGGUGGUGAGCGACCCUGCGGGCGCGGCCGCCGCGCUGUCCGCGCUGGGCGGCCUGGGCCAGGGCCUGUACGCGGAGGCCUGGGUGCCCUUCCGCGCCGAGCUGGCGGUGAUGGUGGCGCAGGGGCGCGACGGUGCGCUCCGCGCUUUCCCCGUCACCCAGACCCUGCACCGCGACAGCAUCUGCGUGGUCACCGAGACCCCGGCUCUGAUCGACCCCGGGCUGGCGCGCGAAGCGGAGCGCGUCGCGCUCGCCGCGGUGGCCAGCCUCCCCGGCGCCGGGGUCUACGGCGUGGAGAUGUUUGUCACACCCCGCCUCCUGCUCAACGAGGUGGCCCCCCGCCCGCACAACUCGGGGCACUACACCAUCGAGGCCUGCGCCACCUCGCAGUACCUGGCGCACCUCCAGGCGGUGACGGGGCAGCGCGUGGGCGACACCUCCCUCACCGCCGGCGCCGCCAUCAUGGUCAACGUGCUGGGCGACGGCGCGGGCCAGGCAGCCAACGCCGAGCGCAUCGCUGCGCUGCGGACCCGCGCGGCGGCCGAGCCGCGCUGCGCGCUGCACUGGUACGGCAAGGCCGAGUUCAAGGCCAAGCGCAAGCUGGGCCACUUCACCAUAGUCGCCGACGAUCGGCGCGAGGCGCGGGCAGCGCUCGAGCGCGUGCUCGCCGACUUUGGCGUGGGAGUGGAGGUGGAGAUCGUGUCGGCGCACCGCACCCCAGCCCUCAUGGCCGAGUACGCGGGCGGGGCUGCGGCUCGUGGCGUGCAGGUGAUCAUCGCCGGGGCAGGGGGGGCGGCCCACCUGCCGGGCAUGCUGGCCGCCAUGACCCCGCUGCCGGUGAUCGGCGUGCCGGUCGUGCCGGCGGGCGCGCGCCUGGACGGCGUGGACGCCCUGCUUUCCAUCUGCCAGAUGCCCAAGGGCGUGCCGGUGGCAACGGUGGCCAUCGGCAACGCGGCCAACGCCGGGCUGCUGGCCGCCCGCAUCCUGGGCGUGGCAGACCCCGAGAUCCAGGCCAGGAUGGUGGAGUACCAGCGCGGCAUGACCGACAUGGUGAUGGCCAAGCGGGAAGCCAUGGCCGCCCAGGGCUGGGACGCUUACACACCGCCCAGCUAG